AAUUGCUUCUUCGUGUUUGCUAGGUGAGAACCCCCUGAGACCCACAAAUUCUUCUCGUUAUCGCGAACAUCACCAGCCAUCUCCUCCGCUCCUCGUCUCGUCUCCUCUCACUCUUUUUCGUGGAAAGAAGCUAUCUUUGGUGACAUGGCGCACAAUGACUCGUUGUCUGCGUUCCUGGACGUGGCAGUUGAUGCCGCGAAGAGAGCCGGCGAGGUAAUUCGUAAAGGCUUUUAUCAGACCAAACAUGUUGAGCACAAAGGCGAGGUGGAUUUGGUAACAGAAACUGACAAGGCUUGUGAGGAUCUCAUAUUUAAUCAUCUCAAGCAGCAUUUCCCCUCACACAAGUUCAUUGGGGAGGAAACUACUGCUGCUUUUGGGGUGACUGAGCUGACUGAUGAACCUACCUGGAUCGUUGAUCCACUUGAUGGAACAACUAACUUUGUGCAUGGGUUCCCCUUUGUUUGCGUCUCCAUUGGUCUUGCAAUCAAGAAGGUGCCCACAGUGGGUGUUGUUUACAAUCCAAUAAUGGAAGAGCUUUUCACUGGCAUUCUUGGAAAAGGUGCUUUCCUGAAUGGUUCUCCAAUAAAAGUAUCAUCUCAAAAUGAACUUGUGAAGUCUCUUCUUGCUACAGAGGCUGGUACCAAACGUGAUAAGUUAACCUUGGAUUCCUUGACCAACAGAAUUGAGAGCUUGCUUUUCAAGGUGAGAUCCCUUCGUAUGUCUGGCUCCUGUGCAUUGAAUCUUUGUGGAGUUGCAUGUGGAAGGCUUGAUUUAUUUUACGAAACUGGAUUUGGGGGUCCUUGGGAUGUGGCUGGUGGUGUUGUGAUCGUCAAAGAAGCAGGAGGACUUGUUUUUGAUCCGUCUGGUGCUGAUUUUGACAUCUCGUCCCAGAGAGUUGCAGCUUCAAACCCUCUCUUGAAGGAUGCAUUUAUUGAAGCUCUGCAGCAAUCAGCGUGAAAGGCCCCCAAAUUAACUCAGGAAAAAAUAUUACAAGUUACCCGCUCUUUAUAUCAUUUAACCAGGCUAUACUUGGUGCCAAAAUGAUUUGCAGUUGAGUUCAAACGAAGCUACAGCCAAUAUGCUCGAUGAUCUAAAUUUCUGUUAGCUUUCCUUUUUGUACUU